AUGGCAUCAUUUGUUACAUCUGGAAUACUGCCCUGUUUUGGUUUAAAUUCAGACGUAAAGCCUCGGUUUCAAGCGAGAGUUCAAAGUUCAGCUAGUGUUGCUUUAAAACUUGGCAGGUUGAAGCCUUCAAUUGAGGAAAAAAAGUGGGUAAAUGAUUUUGGUCCAAAAGAUCUGGAACCAUUGUGGGAUGAUGGGUAUGGGACCAAGACCAUAAAGGAUUAUUUCGAUGGAGCCAAGGAGAUGAUUAGGCCUGAUGGUGGCCCGCCCCGGUGGUUUUGCCCCAUUGAGUGCGGGCAACCUUUGAAAAGUUCUCCAACUCUUCUGUAUUUGCCUGGGGUUGAUGGUGUUGGCUUGGGCCUAACUUUGCACCAUAAAGCUCUUGGAAAGGCAUUUGAAGUACUAUGCCUUCAUAUUCCAGUGUAUGAUCGAACGCCAUUUGAAGGGCUGGUGAAAUUUGUCGAAGAAACUGUGAGGCUCGAGCAUGCUCGUAAUCCUAAUAAGCCAAUUUACCUAGUGGGGGAAUCCAUUGGAGGAUGUCUAGCAAUUGCUGUUGCUGCUCGUAAUCCUAAAGUUGACCUUGUAGUAAUAUUAGCCAAUCCAGCUACCUCAUUUGGCAGGUCAAAGCUGCAGCCCUUUCUCCCUAUUUUGGAGGCCGCGCCUAAUCAGUUGCAUAAUGGGUUCCUGUGUCUUCUUAGCCUUCUUACAGGUAAUCCAGUUAAGAUGGCAAUGGUCGGUGUUGAAGAUAGGCUUCCUUCUAGAUUAAAAAUCGGAAAACUGUAUCAGAAUCUCAUGGCUUUGCUACAUAAUCUUUCUGUUGUGGCUGACAUCAUUCCAAAGGACACUCUUGUCUGGAAGAUGAAGCUGCUUAGGUCAGCUGCUGAUUAUGCUAACACCUGUCUUCAUAAUGUGAAAGCUGAAGUGUUGCUACUUGCCAGUGAGAAGGAUCGCCUGCUUCCUAGCAGAGAUGAAGCUCUACGUCUUAAAAGUUUGUUACAGAAUUGCACAGUUCGUAACUUCAAGGGCAACGGACAUGCCAUUUUACUGGAAGAUGGUGUUGGUUUGCUCACUGCUAUUAAAGGUACUAGUAAAUACCGUCGUUCAAAGCGGAUUGAUUUUGUCUCAGACUAUCUGCCACCUAGCACUUCAGAAUUCAAAUCGUUCUUUGAAGAAGCAUAUGGGUUACUGCUUUAUGCUGCUGGUUCCACCAUGUUUUCAACUCUGGAAGAUGGGAAGAUAGUGAAAGGUCUUGCUGGGGUUCCAAACGAAGGUCCUGUCUUAUUAGUUGGUUACCACAUGCUGAUGGCAUUUGACAUUUACCCCCUUGGCGAAGGAUUCUUAAGAGAGAAGAAUAUUAUGGUUCGUGGUUUAGGGCAUCCCGACCUAUUUACAGGAAAGCUGGAGGAUUCGUCUAAUGAAUUUGCUUAUGCUGAUUGGAUUAGAGUAAUGGGAACGGUAGCUGGCACCGCUAGCAAUCUUUUCAAAUUGCUGUCAACAAAAUCACAUGUGGUUCUUUAUCCUGGAGGGGCUCGAGAGUCUCUGCAUAACAAGGGUGAGGAAUACAAGUUAUUUUGGCCUGAUCAACAAGAAUUUGUGAGAACAGCAGCGAGGUUUGGAGCCACAAUUGUACCAUUUGGAACUGUAGGAGAAGAUGAUUUAACACAUCUGGUUCUGGAUUAUCAUGACAUGAUGAAAAUCCCUAUAGUUAGCGACUAUAUCAGAGAGGUUAACAGUAAAGCUACAAGAAUAAGGGACAACAGCAAAGGAGAGGUAGCCAACCAACAAGUGUACAUCCCGGGGGUUUUGCCUAAGCUACCGGGUCGGUUUUAUUAUCUAUUCGGGAAGCCCAUAAAAACGAAGGGAAUGGAAGACAUGCUGAGAGACAGAGAAAAUGCAAACCAGUUAUACUUGCACGUAAAAUCUGAAGUUGAAAACAACAUUGCAUAUCUGCUGAAGAAAAGAGAGGAGGAUCCUUACAGGAGUCUCAUUAACAGAACAAUAUACCAGGCAUUACAUUCUCCUUCGAGUAAUGUCCCUACGUUUGAUCCUUGAGCAGGAUUAUUCAUGGGGUCAAAAGAGGAGGAGCUUCACUUUGACUGAUCUAUAGUUUAUAACUUUUCAGUGUAAAACCUAUA